CAAUUUUCGUCCCAGCUGAAUAUUCAAUUUAAUUGAGCGUUGGUUGGUAGCAUCUAGGUCAACAAAGCUGGGGUGGCUACAUACGAGCAAACAUGUGCCAUAAAAUCCGGUGUAGAUAUCCAAACCUGAAGUGUAGGUUCGGACUGGACUUUUAAAGCUGGCACUCGGUCUGUCGGUUUAUUUGAUCACUUGAUUCACAAUGUCAGAAAAUAAACAAAUGGGUCCUUCCGAAAACAAUAUAAAAGGCGUGUUCGAUAUGGCCCAGGUCCUAACCGUAACGUGUCUAAAUGUCUACCGCACAGUUCCGCUUACUAUAUCCUUCGGGAAGUGGUUCUGUAUCUAUCUCCAUUGAAGAUGGGAUACCAAAGCCGCUUAUGAAAUCUAAAGGAGGCUUAUACGAACUCGAACGGCAAUUACUACGAGACACAAAAUACAACUAUCAGGUAUUUCUUGACGACGAGCCCCAACAAAUAGAGGUAUUUGAUACUGCGUGCGCCAAGUCAAAAAGUGACCUAAGUGCUCUUCAAAACUUGAGCACUCUGUGCCUAGUUGAUAUGGAUGCAAAGGAUCAACCCAAUUCGCACGAUAGAAUUUUAGGAGGAGGCGCCGACCCUGCCGCCGUGCUAGAAGAUCCACCUGAAUUUGAUCACGGCGACAGCCAUAGUGAUAACGAAACAGUCAGCUCGGAAUUGGAUUCCCCUCUUACUCCUACACGAUUUGAAGGUUUUGAAGAAGAACAAUCUAUUCACUCUAUGUUACAUGAAAAACACGACGUAAAGAACGAAGACUACAGUACGCCUCUUAUUGACACGAUUAAUCAGGAUUCGCAGAACAUCAUACAUGUUGAACAUGCGUCGCAAGUCACCUCGGAAAUUCAAGCUGAACCAAAUCCUCAACGCAAUGUCCUGGAGACAUCUAUACCAGAGAGAAAGGAAACCGAAGAUCAUGCCGUUGACGAAGUAGCCGCCAAUGACGUGCCUAUGGCCAAUGGGGUAUUUGUCACGCCCAUGGCGCCCGAUGCAGAGGAUUACCUUGACGAUCACUGCAUUGUAGACGAUCUUAUUCAAGAACUGCGCGAGAAAGAAGAAAGUCAAAUGAAGGCAAACACUGCUGGAGAAGUCAUCACUACACAAUUGCAAGCCUUCUCAAAAUUCGGCCCGGCUGAUGUUCUUCGGCUCCAAUCUAUGUUUACUUCAUUUAUCAUGAUAAUUAUCCUCCAAGCGGUUGCAAACGUAUUCUCCUUUGCCAAAGCUUCCCUUGAUUAAGCAUUUUUCUUAUUUAGUAUUUUUAUGUAACUUUUUAUUGAUGAUUAUAUGCACAAAGUAUUGUAUUGAAUAGCGAGAAUAUAAAGAUCGGAAGCAAGUCAUUUGAUUACAUUGUCGGGUGACUUUUUAUUGUU